AUGUCUAACCCACUCAGCGGCCCGGAUGUGGACCAUCGCCGCCCGCCCUGGGGCCCCAACACAGGCAUGCAACUCCCACGCUACGGCGAAGCGUACAUGCCCCACCCCGGCUGGACCACGGCCGGCAACAUGUACGGGGGAUACGGUAAUGUCGCUUACUACCCGUCACCAUACUACUCUUACCCACCCCCCUCAGUUCCCUACCCGGGCUCAACGGCGUACGCCUGGCCCAACAUGCAAGUACCGCCGCAGGGCGGCUACACGACCUACCCCCUCCAGCCUGGCGGACAGUCCUACCACGCCGCACGCACAGCACAAGGGCUCCCGGCACUCGACCCGCGCAACCCGGCAGCGCACCUGAGCAACUCGACAGGCGGCACAGGCUGCGAACCGGGCUACAAUUACUUCUUCCCGGCUGCACACACAAAGAUCCACGUCUUCCGCACGUCGACGCCGCCCUGGCAGCUUCCUGCCAACGCCCGCAUACAGUUCUCCGCCUUCCACGUCCCCGUCAACACGACGCUCGCCGAGGUGCUCCGCGGCUUCGGCGCGACGAACCCGAGCCCCAAGAAGAACAAGUGCUACGAGAUCGUCCAGGCUGGUAACGGCAAGUGGUACCACGGCCUGUGUUUCGCUGGUGAUGACAAGGAUAUGAUGAAGAAGACCCUUGCGGACGUCGGAUGGGACGCGACGAGGACGGGUCAGCCUGGUGGUAAGCCUGUUGUGUGCAUUUGGCUGGUUAAGGAUUGA